AUGGCAUCCGUCUCCCACACGCGCGCAUGCGCAACCACCCCGCCUGCCCCACAACCCCAGACACCCCCGGCCAAGGACCAGGAUGACGACGACGACGACGCCCUUGUCCUGACGCGGGAUCAGCUGCAACGGCUGCAUGCCUUUCGCGACGCCUUGCACCGCUGUGCGAGCGCCUCCGAACGGGACCGUCUCUGCCUCGCGCUGCGCGACCAGCUCAUCGAUCACGAGGGCGGCCAUGAGAUCCUCGUCGCCUGCGCCGAGCGCCUCACCGCCAAGGCCUGUGCCGAGUACUUCCAGUGGAGGGUCGACAUGGCCGGACGCCCUCCGACGCCCCUUGCUGUGACCUUUCGGGAGGAUCACGUGGCCCCGUGGGAUCGCUUCUUCGGCCUCGCCUCCAUCGGAUACGCUGCGCGCCUUCGAUGUCUCGACGCCCUGACCGAGGUCGCCCAUCGCUGGGGCCGCCACGUUGUGCUUCACUACGACUUGGUCCUCGGUGGCCCAGAGUACUGCCAUCAUGUUCGCAUCGCCGCUCGUGUGAUUCCCACCUUUGACAAGGCCGUCGUCGCGCUCAACAGGUGCACCAAGGAGCGCGCUGCAACCCAACCGCCGUCGCAUCCUGCACGCGACAUAUCAAGUCAUAUCGACGUCGAGGAUCUUCAGCGCAUCACGCAGUGGUGGGAGAACGGCACCUACCCGCGGAAACAUCUGCGCGACGAAGACCUGCCUCCGGGCUACGGCUUUGACGACUUCCACCUCAUGGUCCCGCUGGAGCAUGCUUGGCCGCCCAUCAAGAGCGCCUCCUCGUCGCCUGUGAGCUGGCCGGCGACGAGCCUCAUCACGCCGGUACCCUCCAUACGGGAGAGCGUCAAGACGGCGGCGGCGGCAGCGGCUCCUCAGUGGUCGCCCUACCGGUUGGUGCCCAUCCCUCGUGAGCACACGACACUGGCGCCCCCCAAGACGAAGGCUUCGGCGAGCCAGAGCACCCAGUCCUCUGAGAACCCGGCAGGCGAGACACGUGGUCACCACCCGCCUCCAGCACAACCCAUGGCGGCAGACCCCCGAUGUGGGCGGGCCCUGCAUGACCGCGACGCCGACGAGGCCUAUCGAAAGCAAGUCCUGACCGAGCUGCGGCAGAAGGUCGAGGACACAAUCUUCCCACGGAGUACGCAUGGCGAGGGAACCAACAGACUGAUCCAGGAGCUGCUCGAAAAGGCUGAGCCGCCAAACACAUCCCGCGACAAGGGCGCCAUUGAGAUGCUUUUUUUCAGCGGCGACCAAGCAGAGGCUCUCGUCGACUUUGAGUCCCCGCACGGCGCACCCAUCGUCACCGACGGCCAGCAACAGUUCCGCUGGAAGACAAGGGAGCGCCCAAUCGCCCAAUUUCUCCGUCGCAUGGGAAACCUUGACAGGUUCAUCUCGGUCCAGAUCCCUUCGCGCAGCGCCCUCUCGGAGUCGUUCGAGGUCCGCAAGCUGAGCGAGGUCAAGUCUCGCUACCUCGCCGACGAGAGCACCGAUGACCCGUGGAAUAUUCUCGACCUGCAGAGCCCCCUGCCGUCGGCGAUUUUGCCAAAUUUCUUGUCUGGCGAGAAUUGCCAGUUGCUCCUCCAAGUCCGCGACACGGUCCUCAUGGAGGAGAGCGCCGAGAGGGUCGUCGCCUCCAGCCGACAGUGGAACGAGUGGCGGAAUGUGCUUGAAUGGGUCCUCAUGUCGCAGGGCGGCCACAACACGGCCCCCCACACGGACAGCCACGGCUUCUCGACCUGGAUCACGGCGCAGGAGGGUUGCAUUGGCUUCGGCUGGCUCUCCGACCCCACGGACAAGGAGCGCGCCGCAUGGAUUGCCAACCCGGGCUCCUACACCGGCGGCCGCUGGCGCUACACCGUGCUCAAGCCUGGCCAGACCGUCUUCUUUGUCUCAGGUACCAUCCACUUUGUCUUUCGCAUACGCGCGCCUCAGACGCUGGCGCUCGGCGGGCACGUCCUGCAGUGGUCCGGUCUUGAGCGGUGGAUGGCCAUCGUCCUGACGCAGAUGCGGAACCCAUCCAUCACCAAUGAGGACAUGGGCGUCAGCGCAGCGAAAUAUGUUGGCGUCGUCUCGAGACUCGUGGUGGCCAAAGUGAAUGAGGACAGGGCGAACGGGCUCGAGAUUGAAGACCGUAUCCUGCGUUUUCUGGACUCUGUCAAGGCGUUCGAAACGGCGUAUGGUCAACUCAACAAGAAGAAGCGCCGCUCACCGGCCGGUUCAAAGAAAAGGGCCCGAUGA